UGUCAAAAACUAAAAUCGACUGAUAAAGAACUUCUCUAACGCAAAGUACUUUUGGCCCGAGUCUGCGGCUGCUUGUUUAAUUUUAAUAUACUAUAAUAGCAGAAUUUAAAAUGCUAUCACGUAUAGCUUUGCGUUCAGCCGCUGCUCGUCAGUCCGCUACUACAGCGCUAGUAGCGCGGGGCUCCGCCUCCGACGUGGCGGGAGUGCGCGAUGAGAAGAACUUUCCCAGACCAGUACGAGGGGAGCCCGGCAAAGUCAGACUUGGAUUUGUUCCUGAAGAAUGGUUCCAAUUCUUCCACUCAAAGACAGGAGUAACAGGUCCCUACACAUUCGGUGUUGGUCUGGCCACAUACCUGUUCAGCAAGGAGAUAUAUGUGAUGGAGCAUGAGUACUACACUGGUCUAUCCAUCUUCCUGAUGGUCUACUAUGCCACCACUAAGUUUGGACCGAAGAUUGCUACAUGGCUCGACAAGGAAGUUGACGCAGUAGAGAGCGGCUGGAACGAGGGUCGUGUGCAGAACAUCAAAGACCUGGAGCAGGCGAUAGAAGAUGAGAAGACGUCGCAGUGGCGCGCGCAGGGACAGGAACUGCUGAUCCAGGCUAAGAAGGAGAAUGUUCUUCUGCAGCUGGAAGCCGCUUACAGGGAGCGUAUGAUGAACGCUUACACAGAGGUCAAACGUCGUCUAGACUACCAGCUGGAGAAAUCUAACGUGGAACGUCGUUUAGCUCAGAAGGCGAUGGUGGACUGGGUUGUCACCAAUGUCACAAAAGCCAUCACACCAGACCAGGAGAAGCAGGCCCUGGACCGUUGCAUUGCAGACCUGUCGGCACUCGCCGCCAAACAUUAAACUAGAUUAUGUAAUAUAUGAAAAUAAAGUUAUCGCUUCGUGAAUAGACCA